AUGAUGAAAAGCAAUGAUGACAAUGAGAAGACAAAGGAAGAGAAGAAUACGACUACUUCGUCUAACUCACAGCAUGUGCAAACACAUUCGACCAAUCCGUCACUGUUUGCUAAUGUGAAAAUUGUUAACGAAGCCACGUCGCAAAGGAAAAAUGAAAAAAUCGAUGAGCAGAAAAUAUCAAAUGAACGGGACAAAAAUAUGCUGAGAGCGUUAACUUCACCUGGUGGUCGAUCUCCUGAAGUUCCCAGCAUACCAAUGUGUAAAACAGCUGCAAAAUCUAAGUCAGAGAGUCAUGUAUCCAGAUCUGAUGUGGUAACAGUUACAAUUAAAUCAACCAUAUCAUCGUUCAAACCACUGAAGUUAGUAAUGAAGAAAACAACAAGUAUACGUGUGCUAAAGAACUAUUUGCAAUCACGACUUGGCGGCGCUCAUCAAAUAAUUCUCAUUCAUGAUAAUAAGGAAUUAAAGAAUGAAGGCGGCACUCUGGCAUCAUUUGGUAUUACUUCGGGUAGCGUGUUGUGGUUGUUAGUAAAACCAGUAACUGGUAAUAAUGAUCGUGAAGAGAUUGCAUCUUUAAUUCGAAUAUCUCAAUCUGCUGAAUAUAUUGAAGUUACACCUUGCAAGGAAGCGGAGCAUGAACAGAUGCGAGAAAAAAUGAAAUUAUUGAUACAGCGGAGAGAAAAAUUUCGACGGAACAACGUAAAAGACUUGUCAGGAAAUGUGCAGCAAGAAAUUCAAGGAAUAUCCGCAAAAGAAGUAACCACUGAUAUACUAUCACAGUCACCAUCAUCAUGCAGUAAUUCUUGCACUACAUCCUCCAUAACUUUGUCACCAUCUAUUUCAAUUCCAAAGGGUACUGCUGACGUUGUAAACCAGAAGGAAUUAGCGACAUAUUUUGACCCACCAGAAACAAUUAAACAAAGGAAAUUUGAAGAUGAAGAAUUGUUUGAUGUCCCAUCAAAUGAAAGCGAACUACUUAAAAUAAAAGAUGAGAUAAAGAACAAACGAUGUGGACUAUGUCGAAUAAAGUUGCAAAUAGCUGAUAGAGAAAUACAGUGCACAUGUGGCCAUGUAUUUUGCAGUAAACAUCGUAAUCCGCAGAUACACAGGUGCAGUAUCGAUUUAAAAUCAGUCGACCGAGAACAUGUCAGGACGGCACUACCAAAAUUAGUGCGAGACAUUCCAAAAUCAAAAAUAUAG